ACGAACCGCUGCUAUGAUUUGCUGAGCAAUUCGAUACUGGUUUCACGGAUGUGUCUGUGGAAAAAGACAGUUGUAGUGAAAGGCAGAGCGAGCAGUGAAAGGACCGAGAGGUACACAUAGAGCGCGUAACUUUUCAAGAGUAGUGUCCGGAAUACAAGAUAAACCUUUUCGCUUGUUUGCAUUUUUCAGACACCUCAGUUUUGAAGAGCCGAAGCAGCGAAAAGUUUCUUUUCGGUUUUCUUUUUCUCCUCCAAUUGCUCUGCACUUUGCGCCCGUAUCUAAUGGAGGGCCCAGUUCGGAUUUUCUGCCAUAAGAAUGCGCUUCUCUGCUAGUUUAUCCAGAUUCCCGCAACGUAUAUCCUCCUGCAAAAGGCUCGGCGUGUCCACUGACGGCGUGUGGUCCCGUGUGGCCGGCGGAGGUGACGGGGCAUCAUGGCCAGUGGCCUGAGGGUGCUGCCCACAGUGCUCUGUCUCAGCCAGGCCCUGCUCAUCAGCUGUGCUUAUUCUUCGUCUCUGUCCUUCCUCUCGGAGCCCACGUCAGUGGUGCAGAAGCAGGGUACCGCGGUCCAUCUGAACUGCUCGGUGCGGCCGGCCUCUGCCCGCGUGUGGUGGCUCUACGCUGGGCAGCCACUGGAGCUGGGAGCCCUCGGGGGCGUGGAGCUCCAGCACGGCUCGCUCUCCCUGCCCUCUCUGCAGCCGGAGCACCAGGGCUCCUACCAGUGCCUGGCCCAGUCUGAUGCCGGGGUCAUCCUCAGCCGCUAUGCACACGUGGAGAUAGCAGACAUUGAGGAGUUCGGCCACACUCAGCGGCGCUCGUUGCAGGUGGCGGCGGGCAGCGCGGCUCUGAUUGAGUGCCAGCUGCCCACCAGCAACCCACCAGCCCUGCCACGCUACCGUGUGAGAGGGAGGUGGCUGGAGGAGUCCACGGAUGAGUAUGUACUCCUUCCAUCUGGAAACCUUCAGAUUGUCAGUGUUACCCCUGAGCACCAGGGCAUGUACAAGUGUGGUGCCUUCAACCCCAUCACCAGGGAGACCAGGGUUGAGUCUCAUGGUACUAAAGUGGUGGUGAGAGAUGAGCCUGCUCCUGUAGCAGUCAUCCACCCCACCUCCCCCCUCAAUGUGUCCGUGGAACAGUCCAAGACCCUCACCUUGGAAUGUGUCCUGUCUGGGAAUCCAUCAUCUGCUGUCAAGUGGACUCAGGAUGGGAAGGAGGUGUCACUGGGUUCAAGGAGAAGACUCCUCCAUAGUAACCUGGUGCUGACUGACGUGACAUCUGCUGACAGUGGGACUUACCACUGCUCGCUGCAGACUAACAGAGGCACUGUGGCCAGUGCCAACUAUACUGUGAAUGUGUUUGAGCCUUCAUCACUAGUUGCUGGAUUGACUGACAAGGUGUCACCUCUCAACUCUUCUGUGCAAUUUACCUGUCAAGUGAAGGGAAACCCGACCCCCGACGUCACCUGGCUCUUCAACUCCAACCCCAUCAGCCCCUCAGCACGCCUCCGCGUGUCCAGCAACUCGCUCGUCAUCUCCUCCGUCCGACAGCACGAUCAGGGCAUGUACCAGUGCCUGCUGGACAACGGGAUUGGCUCGGCGCAGUCGAGCGGCAGACUCACUGUCCAAUCAGGUCCGAAUUCUCCGCCUGUUAUCCUGACCGCUCCUGCGAGCGCCACGGUUCUGGAGGGCGGCACCGUGACUCUUCACUGUAACGCCAGCGGUCAGCCCCUGCCCGUCAUCCGCUGGCACAACGCUGCUGGUCCCAUUGCCACGGACCCCACCCUCCUGCUCCUGCCCCAGCCGGCCGCGGCCAGGCCACCUGGCGACGGUCCCGCCCAUCUCGUCAUGUCCCGGCCGGGCAGCAGCACGCUCCACAUCCAGGCGGCCUCGGAGGCCCACGCGGGGACCUACUCCUGCGAAGCCUCCAACCGGCUGGGCUCGGUGCGGGCCGAGGCCGUGCUGACCGUAGAUCCGCAGCCGAGCUCCACGCUGGGCGUGCCGUGGGAGAGCCUGCCCUCCAUCCACCCGUUCCAGAGUGACGAGGGAGACGAGCCCUUCCUGGCGCUCGACAAGGUGGGUCCCGGCGACAGCAUGGGCCCGCCCACAGAGAGGACGAGCGACCUGCCCACGCCGGAGGCACCGGUCAUCAUCAGCCCACCUCAGACUCACAAGCCCGACAUCUACGACCUGGAGUGGAAGGCUGUCAAAGACACAGACCUCCCUAUCAAUGCCUAUUUUGUCAAAUAUCGUAAGGUGAACGAGAUGGGAAAUGUGGUGGGCAGCUGGCAGACGGUGCGGGUGCCCGGUAGUGAGAACACACUGCGUCUGAAUGACCUGGAGGCCUCCAGCUUGUAUGAAGUCCUGAUGGUGGCUCGCAGCACAGCGGGGGAUGGGCAGCCGGCUAUGCUCACCUUCCGCACAGGAAAGGAAAAAAUCUCCUCCACGAACAAGAACCCAUCCAAACCUUCUGUUUCCGUACCUGAGAAACCCCGGGAGGAUCCCAAUACCAACACACACUAUGGGGUGGUUAUACCAGACAGAGCCGUCCCCGAGGCCCCUGAUAGGCCCACUAUCUCCAUGGCCACGGAGAAUUCAGUGUUUGUAACUUGGAUUCCUCGGGCCAAUGGCGGCUCUCCUAUCACAGCAUUCCGUGUUGAUCGCAAGCAGGGACGGAGUGGCGAGUGGAUGGUUGCUGCUGACAAUAUCUCACCUUCGAAACUGUCAGUGGAGGUUCGCAACCUAGAACCAGGUUCCACAUACCGGUUCCGUGUGAUUGCCAUGAAUAUGUAUGGGGACAGCCCUCACAGCGCCACCUCCAGGCUAUAUCAGGUGUCAGCAGCCAGUCCCUCUAUAACAAACCGACCUGUAAAUGGACCUCAUAUCUCUUCCACGGAGCCUAUCACUGACACUCAGAUCAAGCUACGCUGGACUUACACACCAUCAAUUAACAACAACACCCCCAUCCAAGGCUUUUACAUCUACUACAGGCCCACUGACAGUGACAACGACAGUGAUUACAAGAGAGACAUUGUGGAAGGUAAAAAGAAAGAACACACGAUUGUCCAGCUUCAGGCAGAGACCUCCUAUGACAUCAAGAUGCAGUGCUUUAAUGAUGGAGGGGAGAGCGAGUUCAGCAACGUCAUGAUCUGUGAAACCAAAGCCCGCCUGCCCCCAGGCCUUCCCAGCCAGCACCCCAUCACUCCUCCUGGGCCCGAUCCCCCAGAGCCCCCUGCUUCCGCUGGGGUUCUCCUGUCGGUGAUCGUGGGCUGUGUGCUUGCCGUGAUGGUGCUCAUCCUUCUGGCUUUCAUCGCUAUGUGCCUGUGGAGGAACCGCCAGCAGAGGAGCAUGCACAAGUAUGACCCGCCUGGCUAUCUGUACCAGCCGGCGGAGAUGAACGGGCACGUGCUGGAGUACGCUGCCCUGCCCGGCUCCAGCCGCAUCAACGGGUACAGCCACAGCACCCCCAUGCUGUCACAGGGCUGCCACCACCUGCACCACAAGCUGCCCAACGGCCUGGCGCUGCUCAACGGCUCCGGUGGCAUGUACUCGACCAACCUCGCCCACGCUCGGGACAACGCGCUGCCACAUGGCACCAUGGACUACGAGCACUCCCACCCCCACCACCUACACAAUGGAGGAGCCAUAUAUACAACACUGCCUCAGGCCGACGCCUCGGACUGUAUGAGCUGCCAGAAUUUCUGCAACAACAACAGGUGCUACACCAAAACCAAUGGCACUUUCUCGGGUGGCACCCUCCCACUAAUGCACCGCGUGGCGCCGUGCCAGCAGGACAGUCUUGAGAUGGUUCCUCUGAGCCACGUGGCGCCCCAGGCCUACGUGAACUCCGGCAGUCCCCAGCUCCCGCCGCACGUCCGCUGUGACAGGCCCUACCAGCUGGAGGACGAGCAGGGCAGCGGUCUGCCCCCGCCGCAGAGUCCCCCUGGGGAGCAGGAGCCCAGCUCUACGGAGGAGAGAGAGGAGGAGCCCCAGGUUGAGGAGCCGGAGGAGCCCGUGGUGUGCUGGGAGAGUCUGGCCGAUUUGGACUGUAAGGAGAAAGUGUCCUUCAUCUCCUCCAGCUCUCUAACUGGAGACCUCAUCCAGCCAAGUGUGCAGGAGGUCUGAACACAAACAAGAGUCAACACAGACACGGGAGAAGAGGAGAGGACACGGGAGAAGAGGAGAGGAGUGGAGGACAGAGGCAAGCACUAGCAUGAUCAGCGACUACGUGUGACACUAAGGACACUGCUUCCCGAGCUGGGAACGAGAGAGUGCAUGAUGAAGUGUGUGUGUAUGUGUGUGUGUGUGUGUGUGUGUGUGUGUGUGUGUGUGAGAGAGAGAGAGAGUGAGAGCGAGAGAGAGAGAGCCAGAGAGAGGAAGAAAGAGUGAAGAGAGGACAUUUGAUCCGAGGGAGCAAACAGCACGCUGAAGAAGUGACACACAGAACUGAAACUACUACUCCGUUGGGAGGUCUAUCAGAAAAAAAAGAAGAAAAAGCUUAGAUGACUUAUUUAUUUUUUUGUAGUAGUGAUAUAUUAUUUCAUAUGAAUGUAUCUGUUUUUAAAAUGUUCAUCUUUUAUAUUAUUUAUGGUUUUUUGUUGAUAAGAUAAUUUUUAUUCUUUUGUUUCAUUUGUCUUCCACAAUGGGUGGAUUUUAGCCAUUGUAUGUGUAAAAUUUUGUAUUACAAGGAGAUGAUAUGGACAA